AUGAAUACCCAAUACAUCUCCGACGACAUCAAGCCCACCGAAGACCCCGCUCCUGUUGUAGAUCAUGGCGAUGACAAGACGGAGAAAGAUCCGUCCACGGACGAAGACGAUACAAGUGACGGCAUCGACGAGACCGAAGAGGAGGAGAGCUCCGACGACGACGCGGCCUCCAAAGGCAAGCCCGCUUCGAAGAAACCCUCAACCGCAAAGCCCAAUUCCAAGCCCAAGACCGCUCAAGACAAGAAGGCGGCUAAGAAGGAGGCUACCCCCGAGACCACCGCCAAGGCCAAGCCCGCUCAAGACGAGAAGGCGGCUAAGAAGGCAGCUGAUGCUUAG